AUGCUCUUCUUCAGCUUUUUCAAGACACUUAUCGACCAUGAGGUCACCGUAGAGCUUAAGAACGACAUCCAGCUCAAGGGUAUUCUCAAGAGCGUGGAUCAGUACCUCAAUAUCAAGCUUGAUGAUAUCCAAGUCGUUGAGGAGCUCAAGUACCCUCACCUCAGUUCUGUCAAGAACGUGUUUAUUCGAGGCUCAGUCGUGAGAUACGUCCACCUCCCCGGUGCGUCGGUUGACACACAGCUGUUGGAGGACGCCACCCGAAGAGAAGCGGCAGCUCAGCAAGCUAAGGCCAAAUGA